AUGGCGUGGGCGCUGUUCUCGGGGCGGGCGCUGCUGUGGCGGCGCUCGGAGCGGCGCCUGGACACGGAGCGGGAGCUGCGCGCGGCGCUGGACAAUCGGCUCGUGCUGCUCUUCUUCGGCGCCGCGCGCUGCCCGCGCUGCCGCGAGUUCGAGCCCCGCCUGCGCCGCUUCUGGAGCCGCCUCACCGACCCCGCGCACGUGGAGCGGCCCGAGCAGCUGCGCCUCGUGUACCUGGGGCAGGACGGGUGUGAGAGAGAGCACCGGGAGUACCUGAGGGCCAUGCCCCGCACCUGGAUGGCGCUGCCCUACCGGGACGCUGCAUUCGGCAGGGAGCUGGCAGACCGUUUCGGGGUGUCGGAUCUCCCGGCCGUGGUGGUGCUGGCCCCCAGCGGUUCCGUGCUCGUCGCCGACGCCGUGCGGGAGAUUCGGGAUUCGGGCCCCUCGUGCUUCCAGGGCUGGCGCCAGGCGGCCGAGCUGCUGGACAGGAACUUCCAGGAGCCGCAGGAGCAGGAACGGGAGGGAUCCGCGCCCUUCCGCAGCCUCACCGAGCCCCUGCGCCGCUGGAAGUACCGCACCGACCCCGAGGAGGAGGAGGAGGAGGAGGAGGAAGAGCAGCGGGAGUAG